AGGGACGUAUGGCUGGCCUGUUCGGGAGCAGGGGUUACAUCUGGCUCUGUCUGGGCUCUCUCCACGCUCCUUCUGAAGCCCAGGCUUGGUUCACAGAGGCGCAGACCCCUCCUUCCAUCUCCUCACCUCAGAACCACACUGGGCUCGAGCUGGGAAGCCUGGAUCUGGGGACAGCAGGCAGGCCAGCCUGCCUAGGACCGUGAGGCCAAGUCGGAAAGGAGGAGAGGCCACCCGAGACGCCAUUGCCAGGCUCAGGAGCUCUGUCCUCACACCUCCCAACCUGCAGGCCCUGCUCCCCGGGAGGGUGAGGAAAAUGUUUACGGCUCCUCUUCUGCUCCUCACAGACCUGAAGGAGACUCUCCACCUUGGGCCUCAGGCCUCCCUACCUCUAGGCCAGCCUCAGACCCUGCAUUAGAGCCAUUCCCAUGCAUGACGGGAGCCACCUCUGUGCUGGACGUGUGGAGAGCCCCCUUCUAGGAGGCCCGAGACCCUCAAAUUCUGGGCUGUAAGCAGUCCCUUAUCGAGGGCUUGGGUGGGAACCAUGAGGGUGGAAGGCUGGAGCCACAGUGAGCACCACACACACAGACGCACACACACCUCCCAGACACACACUUGCUCCCAGACACAUGCCAAGCAGCUCCAAGAGGUUUAAAGUCCUAGGGGACCUGGAGUCCACACCUCCCUUCAAGAUUUGGCAUUGAACGGCGAGCAGGUUGAGGGCACAGAGGGGAAGGGACCAGGGGACCCUGGGCAGCCUGGGGGCUGGUGUGGGGGCAGCAAGAUCGACCGGCUCAGCGGGCACCUUGGUGACGCUGCAGGUGUGGCUGGUUGAUCCCCUGUGGAGACAGUAAAGAUUAAGAGGAUCAUAAGCUGCGUCCAGUGCUGCCCUGGGAGAAAUCUCCUAGAUCCAGAGCCGCUGCUGUGAGGGGAAGUUGGGGCAGCUCCUGAGUUCAGACAUACAGACAGAACAGAGAGGAAAGGCUCAGAAGGGAGACAAAAACAGAGGGAGACCACCAGGGCCAGGGAGACAGAGAAGUCGAAAUAGCAGAGAGACGGGGGCACCAAGAGAGGGACAGAGGUGGAAAGAGGGGGAGCACGGCUGUGCCCCCUCAGGAGGCCUCCCUCAGGCAGGAAGCAGGGGACCCGCUAGCACCAGGCCCGCUGCCUGCGGAUGAGCGCCAACAUGGCUGCAGCUGUGCCAGCCACUGCGGCUGCUUCCCGGAAGGAGUCUCCAGGCACAUGGGGCCUGGGAGAGGAGCCAGCAGGCGUGGGCCCCUCGCUCCAGUGUCGCGUGUGUGGUGACAGCAGCAGCGGGAAGCACUAUGGCAUCUACGCCUGCAACGGCUGCAGUGGCUUCUUCAAGAGGAGCGUGAGGCGGAGGCUCAUCUACCGGUGCCAGGUGGGGGCAGGGAUGUGCCCGGUGGACAAGGCCCACCGGAACCAGUGCCAGGCCUGCCGGCUGAAGAAGUGCUUGCAGGAGGGCAUGAACCAGGACGCUGUGCAGAAUGAACGCCAGCCGCGAAGCACAGCCCAGGUCCGGCUGGCCAGCAUGGAGUCAGAUCCGGAGCACCGGCUGGAGCCCCUGGGGGCCCCUCUGGCCCCGGCAGGGCCCAGUCCACGGGGCCCCAUGCCUGUUUCUGCAGCCAGAGCCCUGGGGCCCGGGGCCCUCACACCUCCAGGUCACCACCACUUCAUGGCCAGCCUUAUAACAGCCGAAACGUGUGCUAAGCUGGAGCCAGAGGAUGCACCCCCUGCCCCUGCCACAGAGCAGCCUCCUCCUCCAACAGCCGAUGAGAAUAUUGAUGUCACCAGCAAUGAUCCCGAGUUUCCCUCAUCCCCAUACUCCUCCUCAUCCCCGUGUGGCCUGGACAGCAUCCAUGAGACAUCGGCUCGCCUUCUCUUUAUGGCCGUCAAGUGGGCCAAGAACCUGCCCGUGUUCUCCAACCUGCCCUUCCGGGAUCAGGUGAUCCUGCUGGAAGAGGCAUGGAGUGAACUCUUCCUCCUCGGAGCCAUACAGUGGUCCCUGCCUCUGGACAGCUGCCCGCUGCUGGCCGCACCUGAGGCCUCCGCUGCCAGCAGCUCCCAGGGCCGCUUGGCACUGGCCAGCGCGGAGAGCCGCGUGCUGCAAGAAACCAUCUCACGCUUCCGAGCGCUGGCGGUGGACCCCACGGAGUUCGCCUGCAUGAAGGCCCUGGUCCUCUUCAAACCAGAAACUCGAGGCCUGAAGGAUCCUGAGCACGUGGAGGCCUUGCAGGACCAGUCCCAAGUGAUGUUGAGCCAGCACAGCAAGGCGCACCACCCCAGCCAGCCUGUGAGGUUUGGGAAACUGCUCCUGCUCCUCCCAUCCUUGAGGUUUAUCACUUCUGAACGGGUUGAGCUCCUCUUUUUCCGCAAGACCAUAGGGAAUACUCCAAUGGAGAAGCUCCUCUGUGAUAUGUUCAAAAACUGAGAGACGUGGAACUACCAUGGGCACCGCUACUUUGGAAAACAAUCUACCAAAGCCAAACAUUUGCCCUGUGACUUGGCAAUUCCACCUGUAGGUACACACAUACCAGGCAGAAAUGUCCACUAAAAGAGAUUAUAAGAAUAUUCAUAGCAGCUUUAUUCCUAAUAGCCCCAAACUGUAUUUUGGCAAUAGGAUGGAUUAAUAAAUCGUGAUCUAUUCAUUUAAUGGAAAACAGCAAUAAAGAAGAGUGAACUACCAACACAUGUGACAACAUGGAUGAAUUUCACAGACAUAAAAGUGGAACCGAAGAACCCUUCCAGGCACAGGUUCUGCUUAUACAAAGUUCAAGAACAGGCAAGACUAACGGAUGGUGACAGAAGCUGGAAUAGUACUUACCUCAGGGGGAGGGAGGUGGGUGGCUGGGAAAGGACCCAGGGGAGCCUUUUGGCAUGCUAGAAAUGGUUUUUAUUUUGACCCAGGUGGUGGUUUCACAAAUCUACUAAUUCAUAAAAAUUAAUUGAGCCAUGCACUUAAGAUUUGUGUACUUUACUGUAUUAUGUUAAAUCUCAAUAAAAAAGUGAACAACAACAAAAAAGAA